GUACUCUGGCAGCCCAAACUUUGAACAGCCGUUGGAGCUGCAGACCUUCAACCUCUACCACACAUCUCAUUGGGUCAUAAAGCCAGCUACCCUGCGGUACAGGUGCAGCUUCGUGGAGCUCGUUGCCACAGACGCAGAAACGCAGUUCCCGUGUUGGUUUGUGAGCCAUGCGUGGCAAGAAGCCGUGUGUCGCUUUGUUGCUUGCCUGCGCCAGCACGCGGAACUGCGGAAUGCCGUGGGACUAGCAUACUGGGUCUGUGCGUACGCAAAUAAUCAACACAAGCUGCAGGACGAGAUCUCGGCGAACCCACGUGGGACAUCCUUCUACAAGGCCAUGAAGCUGGCCGUUGGGGUCGUGCUGAUCUUGGACCGGGAUGUUGAAGAGCGGAACACCGGGACGCCACUGCUGCUGGAUGUGGCCGCCACCGACUCCUCCAAUGAGGCUCACGUGAUCACUGAUGGUCUGGCGGCCCCAGAGGCGCGUUUGAUGCCGCUGCUGGGCUUUUUGACGAAGGCCUUGCGCGAAGCGAACUUUCCCACGUUGCUCGCGCAGAAGGCAGCCACUGAAGCUGCAAAUGCUGCAGCUGAAGCCACAAAGGCCUUGAAGGUCUUCUUCGAGGAAAACCUCUUCGACUGCUUCGACAGCGCUGUGCGUCUCUUUAGCGCUAUGGCCUCACCUGUGAUCGAAGAGCUUUGCAGUGAAGAUUCUGACUUUGAGUUGCGCGACCUCACUGUUUAUGGUCUCAGCGUCGACAUCUCAAAGGCUGACGCCAGCAAAGCAGAGGACAAGAUCCGUAUCCUCAAUUGCAUCAGACUGCCGCAAGCAAGGACGAAGGCCAGGAACAAGGCCCUGGCCGCGCAUUUUGCCAUCGCUUCCUGGUUUGGUGCCGUUACGCAGGGGCACGACACCAGCAACCUUCGGAGAGCCCUGGCGGCCGCCAGCUCACGGCAUAUGGUGGAGUUGUCCUUCACAGGCUGCCGUGGCUUUGGGGAUGACUCGCUGCAGCAGCUGCUGAAUCACUUGCCGCAGCUGCGUUUGCUUCGCUUGGAUUUGGCCUUUAGUGGGGUCCAAUCAUGGAACGUCCAGGAGGCCGCCGCGGGUGGCAUUGGCACCAUCCGGCACUGGGGUCUGAAGGAUUGUCACCAAGAGAUGCCUCCACUGGAGCAGCUCACCCUGCGCUUCACGGGCUCCAGGUUGGCAGAUGCGUCCGGCUUGGCACAGAUGCUCGACACAGAGCAGUGCCUCGCACGGUCCUUGGUGGAGCUGGGCUCAUGGGAGCCGCUCACAAAGCUGCACCUGGAAGAGUUGGUUUUACAGCUGAAGCGCUGUGGCCAAGAGGUGGAGCUGGUUGGUAGCAAGGCUGUGGACUACGUAGAUUUUGACGACGCCAUUCACGACUGUGGAGGGCGAGCUUGGCGAUGGGCCGAACUCAGCUUACUUUUUACAUUGCAGGCUGCUGCUGAGAUUCAGCAGCGGACGACCCUUGCCGUGAUCCUGCUGUCGCUGUACCCUGUUGCCUGCUUGUCACUGGAAGAGUCUUUGGGAGUUCCAUGGGCUGCGAUCUGCACUUUGCUCUCCGUGAUAGUGCUGAGUAGCAUCGUGACGACGAGCAUUCGCUUUGACACCGUGAGAACGCAAAUUCUGCAGGAAGCGGUGGCAACAGAAGCAAGUUACUCCCAGGUGCUUCAGCUGCCAGAGACUCAGAGCGUCAUGCUCCGUGUUCCUACAAUGGGCUGCGGCUAUGCAGAUCCUCGAGAACUACGUCAACAAAGCGAAGAUUUGAGAGCCAUGAAUGUGGCGCUGCCGGACGCUAGAUUGAAGCUGAAGCUGCUGACCAAUUUGAGCGACGAAGAGAAGCGAAGCCACUCGACCAUCUUAGCAGCUUCUCGUGCUGGUGCCAGCCCACAACAAGUUCUGGACGCGCUUCGAUGUGAAUUGAUGUGCGAAAACAUGCAAUCCGUUCAGGAAGCAUUCAAGGGCCUCGAGGACCGCCUUGCGAGCGAAGAAAUGGUCGCUUUGGGUGUGCGGAUCGCCGCUGUCCGGGACACCUUCGCCGAGAUGAGCGGGGCCAGUGGCCAAAAAUGCUGUCAGGUAGUUCUGCAGGUGGAAGAUUAUUAUUCCUCCGUGUUUCUCAUGGAUGUCACUCUGACCAGGCUCGAGAAUCAGCUGAGCGAUUUGACCAAGUUGGCGGACAAUUUUGGGCUGUUGGAUGACGUGAAAUCAAAAUGGGAAACUUCACUGAGGCUUUGCAACGAUGCAUCCAGUGUCGGGCCUUUGACCAUGGCAGGGACCAUUUUCUUGCAGAUUGUGGCGUUGGUCGUGUCCUUUUUCAUGGCCGUCCAAUAUUUCCUCCGUUACGCUCCCAGGAGACUGUUCGGUCUUUUCCCACCCUGGUGCCUUGUGGCCAUGAAACUGGAUGAAAAUCGCCAUGCCGCUAUGCGUAGGAUCCGUUCUCGUCUGUCCGACUUCCUUCUGGAUGCCUUGCUGCUGGACACCGAGGAGUCCAAUCAGACGUUCUUAGAGGCUGCAUUUCUGGCCCUGCCCUACUUGGUCCUGGUUGUGGUGUUCCUGUUACAGCUGUUGUGCCGAAAGACGAGUCGGAAGAGGCCGCGACCCACGGAGGCCUUGGGAAAGAUCUCCUUGUUGGGCGGCCUCGUUACCUUCGCCCAAGAAGAACAAGAUGCGACUGCCAUUCUUUGGCUUAGUCUCGGCUUCUGGGCUUUCUUUGCCCUACUCUGUUGGAACAGUCUCUAUCCCGCCUUUCUUCUGAUGUUUCCUGACACUGCCUGGGCUCGAAUUGGAGCAGCAUUUAUGGAUGCUGCUCUGGACCUUGGCUACAUCUUGACCUACCUGGGUAUGGCAACAAGUCUCACGGGUUUCAACGUCGUUUCAUUGAUGGCUUGGCAGAUGGCGUUCAGUCGGGAAACGCAAAAGUGUAAUUGCUGCAAGGUUUUGGUGGCCAUGCUGCGAUUGCAGACAGCCUCCGAAGGCUGGGGAAAUUUUGGCGAGGACUUGACGUUGAAGUUCAGCAAUCGCAUCAGCCCUGUGUUCGCCUUUCCCACUGACUUUCUGGGCUAUGGCGCCGUGUAUUUUAACGUAGCACACGCAUGCUGCAUUGCACACAUUUUGCAGCACACCAAUUGGAGCUUGCCAGUGCGACCCAGGUGUUUUCCGUGCCGUUGCUCUGGCAAUGCUGACUCAGCUGGCCAACAGAUUGACAGCUGCACCCUUGCAGCCGUCCUCAGACAGAAGCAGGUGAACCUCGCUGCGAAGAACAUCACUGCCGUGGACCCAAAAGCUUUCAGCUCACUUGGACAUGUGCAGCGCCUGUCAUUGGCGAACAACAGCUUGAUCCAUCUGCCUCCGGGCCUCUUCGAAGGUCUAUCAUCUUUGGAGCAGUUGGACUUGACCCGAGUUGAGCUGGCAACACUUCACGAAGAUUCCUUUCGGGGCUUGGAGCAGCUGAAACUAUUGGCGAUGAGCGACAACCAGCUCACCGAGCUCUCGGCUGCGAUGCUGCGACAUUUGCCGCUGUUGGAGCAGCUUCUCUUGGGCGGCAAACACGACGAGAAGGGCAGGGUCAUCGUGAAGGGCAAUCGCAUAGAGGAGCUCGGGGCCAUCUUCAAACACAACGCACAGCUGCAGGUGAUCCACUUCAGCAAAAAUGAGCUCCAGAAGAUUGACCCAGCUACCUUUGCAGGACUAAAGAAGCUUCGAUGGCUGAGUUUGGAAUCAAACCUGUUGACGACACUUCCUGCGGGGACAUUCCAAGGCCUUGGUAAACUCCAGAAACUCUAUUUGGACCGCAACCAGUUGACCAGCAUUCCUACGGGGGCAUUCCAAGGCCAUGGUCAACUGCAGGAACUCAUUCUGGAGGCAACGCUUGGUGUUGCGCGCCCUUUGAACCUUGUGGGCGCAUCUUGCUAUGCGCCCGAUGAAAUCUUCGUCACCCCACGUUGCAAGGCACAUGUGUUCAGCUGCUUAGUUUUUCAAUUGCUGGAUUUCCUUGGAAUUUUUGCAAUGGCCACAGCUGCCGUAACCCUCCCCGGUGGCGCCGGCGCAUCGGGCGUGAUCCCAUGCCCACUGCCCGCGACGGUGGAAGAUGCCAUUUGCGCUGUGCAAAAGACGCAGCCAGGUGGCUGGGAGAAUGCCGUGCUUUCCCAGGGUGUCCAACAUUUAAAACCAGGCACUGCCCUGGAAGCUGCUGCGUAUACCUUGGUGAGCUAUGAUACCUUGGGGAGCAGUGCCAUCAACGUCCCACAAACGGAAUGCCGUGGGAUCAACUUGAAGCAGCUUUCGCAGCUGGUGGAUUUCAUCCGUGACCAUGCGCACCUCUGGGUGGAGAC